AUGGCUGUUGGUAAGAACAAGAGAUUGUCUAAGGGUAAGAAGGGCAUGAAGAAGAAGGCCGUCGACCCCUUCGCCAAGAAGGAGUGGUUUGACAUCAAGGCCCCAUCUACCUUCGAGAGAAGAGACGUUGGUAAGACCUUGAUCAACAAGUCCACCGGUUUGAAGAACGCCGCCGACGGCUUGAAGGGCCGUGUCUUCGAGGUUUGCCUUGCUGACUUGCAGGGUUCCGAGGACCACGCCUACAGAAAGAUCAAGUUGAGAGUCGACGAGGUUCAGGGUAAGAACUUGUUGACCAACUUCCACGGCAUGGACUUCACUUCCGACAAGUUGAGAUCUUUGGUCAGAAAGUGGCAAUCUUUGGUCGAGGCUAACGUUACUGUCAAGACUGCUGACGACCACGUCUUGAGAAUCUUCGCCAUUGCCUUCACCAAGAGACAGCCAAACCAGGUCAGAAAGACCACCUACGCCCAGUCCUCCAAGUUGAGAGAGGUGAGAAAGAAGAUGAUCGAGAUCAUGCAGAGAGAGGUUGCCAACGUUACCUUGUCCCAGCUCACCGCCAAGUUGAUCCCAGAGGUGAUUGGCCGUGAGAUCGAGAAGUCUACUCAGUCCAUCUUGCCUUUGCAAAACAUCCACAUCAGAAAGGUCAAGUUGUUGAAGCAGCCAAAGUUCGACUUGGGCUCUUUGUUGGCCUUGCACGGUGAGGGUUCUACCGACGACAAGGGUAAGAAGGUCUCUUCUGGUUUCAAGGACGUUGUCUUGGAGUCUGUCUAA